CCCCAUGGUCGGAUUGUUUGACGCAAUGGCAAAACAGCUCGGUUAUUUCUGCUACCGGAUGGAGGCGUCACCAGAGAGAGUGUACGGAAAACCGCUACCCAAUGGUUCCUGGACGGGACUGAUGGGGAUGUUGCAGCGACGUGAAGCCAAUGUGACUGGGACACUACUUUCUGUCACAUGGCUCAGAGCACAGAUUGUGGACUUCAGCGAAUACUUGGACAUAGAUGAAUUCACAGCUCUGCACGCCCGGCCAGCUCUCACCUCUGAUGUAACAGGCUUGGUGCGACCUUUCACGUAUCAGACAUGGUUAUUGCUACUACUGAGCCUCAUCACCGCCUUCGUUGUGACUCUGAUCGUCCUGCAGAGACAUCAGAUCUUUGUCGCCUCAAGUAUGGAGCAGCAUCGGCGUAAUUGUGAAGCGGACUGGCGUAUAAGCUUGAAAGAAUCCUGGCUGUGGACGUGGUGUGGUCUCUUAGCGCAGAGUGUCCCUAAACAGCCGGAAGGACAGCUAGUGAGACUAGUGGUUGGUCAGUGGCUGGUCUUCUCCUUUGUCUUGACCAUUGUGUAUCGUUGCGUGCUCAAGGCGAUGCUAAUUCUUCCCCGCGUCCAUCUCCCUUUUGACAACCUCGAGCAACUGGUCCACACAGGAAUCCACGUAGCUGUCGGGGAAGGAACCAGCAUCCACGUAGAGAUAAUGCGAGCCGCCGACACGUCUAGCGUGGGCCAGCUGCGGGAUGUGGUGGUGCCUGUUCCUGCUAAGCAGACCAAACUCUACAACCUCAAAGUAAUGGAGGGACAUCUGGCAGGGAUGAGGACCAGAACUGUCGCAAACUUCAUAGUGAAUGAUGAUUUUGCAAUGGCUGGCGUGUGUCGGGCUUACAUUAUGUCCCGGGGCUUCUUCGGUCCCAACAUCCUGAGCAUCGCAUUCCCCAAAGGGUCACCGCUCAAGCCAAAGUUCGACUCCAUAAUCCUUGGCGGAAACCAGCCGUCAUGCUGCUCAUGUAGUUGCCAGUCAGUGUCUUUAAGCCAUAGCAGCAGGAUGGUCGGAACCGCAGCGGUCGUGAUGGCAGCGGUGCCUAUGGUCAUCGUUGCAAUUUUCGUUGUGUUCGGAUGGGUAUACCGCCUGCGUAGUGGACAAGCCAACACCUCUGUCAGUCUGAAGGGGAAGACGAUCAUCGUUACCGGGGCAUCGGCAGGUAUAGGGAAGGAAGCAGCGAGGGAUUUCGCCCGCCGAGGAGCUCGAGUCAUCAUGGCGUGCAGGAACCUGCAAAAGGCCUCGAAAGUUGCAAGUGAUAUCGAGGCCAGUACGGGGAGUAAGUCAGUAGUGGUAAGGGAACUGGACACUUCCUCGCUGUCUUCUGUCAGGAGCUUCGCCGCCAGGAUUCUUGCCGAAGAACGCAGAUUAGAUGUACUGGUCUUGAAUGCUGGUAUCGGAGGCCCAGCAGAGCGAGUGUUAACUUCAGAUAACCUGGAACUCACGAUGGCGACCAACCACUUUGGACACUUUCUUCUUGCUAACCUUCUUUUAGGGUUGUUGAAGGACAGCCAACCUAGCAGAGUGGUGGUAGUGGCCUCCAUGGCCCACAACGGUGUCAAAACGCUGGAUAUUGAGAACUUAAACUUCAAACAUGAAGGAAGUUUCAAGACAAUGAAAGCAUACAGUCAGACCAAGGCCUGCAACAUCCUCUUCGCCCGUCAGCUGGCAGCGAUGUUGAAGGAUUCUGGGGUUGUUGUGAACUCUCUGUGCCCAGGACUCGUGCUUACUGAAAUAUUUGAUAAGUCUAAUGGUUUGGUUUUAAAAUAUCUAUUGAACUUUGCGGCAAAUAUCGCAGGCAAGACGCCGGAGCAAGGCGCGCAAACCAUUAUCCAUCUGGCGGUGUCUGAGGAUACUGCCACAAUUAGCGGCGAGUUUUUCGAGAACUGUAAGGUGGCUAAAGUUGCUACUGACUUGGUGCUUGAUGAUGGCAUGGCCAAGAAGUUAUGGGAGGCCAGCGAGACCCUGGUUGGUCUUCAGCCUGAGGAACGACACUACUGACGGGCCUCGAUCCAAGUCAAGGCUCUCGCAAAUUAAUGCAGAUUAGGAGCUCCCUAGACUUGGGUUGAAAUAUCCUUAAAUUAGACAGAAUGCCCCCAUAUUUUACAAAUACCAAUUUCAAAUUGUUAUUCAAUAGAAAACUAUAUACAGCCCCAUGUAUUUUUUUUCUAACUUGAAGAGGUUUAUUUUCCAUCUCUAUACAGUAACAUAUUUUGGCAUUUGAAGCUUUGGCAUAAAUAAAAGAAUGCAAAGCACUUCUGUCUGUCAAAAGUUAAUUCUGUAGGAAUUAAGAAAGUAAAAAUGAAACCCUGUAUGAUGACUAAAAUUGAUCUUCAGUUAAAAUUUGACAAAACUUUGAGUAAUGAAAUAAUUAUGUAUGUAUGUAUAUAUAUAUAUAUAUAUAUAUAUAUAUAUAUAUAUAUAUAUAUAUAUAUAUAUAUAUAUAUAUAUAUAUAUAUAUAUAUGAGUAGCCAUACAGUAUGACCAGAAUUCCCAAGAUCCACGAAAAAGUCCCAGUCUGCAGACAGUCUCCAGAAAGUGGGAGCGCUAGAUUCCGCACGGAUGUAAAAGCUGCCACCAGGAAAGAAUGGGCCACGGACUUAUAUUGAUACUUUAUAGAAAGUAAUGUCAGCAUAGAGUCACGCAUUGUUUAUUUGAUCAUAAUGUAGUGGCCUUACAUAUAAUAUUGUGUAUUUUUAUUAUUAUGUUAUUGUUAUGUAAAUGUAUUUCCAUGUAACACGCAUCACGUGACUCCAUUGUUUCACAUUGCAUUGUGGGAGGUAUGCCAAGGUAGCUACGUAUUUUAUAAACAAUCAAUAUGUGACGUAGUCAGUCACUGGUGUCAGUCCAUCAAUGCAGGUGUAAUAAUUAUUCUCCCACGUGGAGGUAAAUUAUCUACCAGCCGUGCAACUCUGCUGUUCAUCAAAUCUAUAGUUAGGUAAGUCAUAAUAUUGCAUGUAUUAAAGUAAUGUAACCUAGUAAUUACAUGAUUAUAAACGAGUA